GUCCAAAUCACCAACGUCAUCAACCCCAAUCAAUUCGUUCCUCCCUCCACGGAGCCCACAGUCAUUCGCGACGGGCGCAAAGACGGGAUGAUUGUAGAGUCACGAUACGCCCGACGACGACGACCAAGCCGUGGGAAAUGGAGUUUGAGGUCUCAUUGGAAAAUGAGCAACAGUUCUGGGAUGGUAAGUGGUUUCAUAAGGAUCUGCGCUUGACCUGCGCCAAAAUAACUACCUGCGUUCAACGAGAGUCGUAUGCGCCUUUUAUCUUCCUCUCACAAAUAAGGGAACAAGCUAACUUAUGCGGUUUCUGGUUUGUCGUUGCAUAGAGAUCCAAGACAUUGUUUCCACCCCUUGCUCCUCCGAAGACCUCAUCGACCAUGCUUUGCGGUCGUAUCUAAAUCUAGCGACGAAGUAUCAAGAUGAAUACCUCCAGACUGAAUUAGAGGUUACGAGAUGCUCGUACAAGCUGCUUUCGUCGAAUAUUUUCGCCUCACAUGCAGAUUAUGUUCGAAGACAGAUGAUCUACGGUUUAUUGCAGGACGAUGACCCGGAUACACUUUACUUAAUCACGUCGUUCCUUCUCUUCGAUGGCCGGCAGAAUGAAGUCGUGUUAUACAUGAUGAAUGAAGAGAGUACAUUCCCACGGUUGCUAGAACUCCUUCAGGUGCAAAACAGGAAGAAAGAGAACGAGGGUGAUGGAUCAGGGCUUCACCGACUCUUAAUGGAUCUGAUCUACGAGAUGUCGAGGAUUCAAAGAAUCAAGAUAGAGGAUCUAGUUCUUGUGGAUGAUGAAUUCAUCAAGGGUCUGUUCAAUAUCAUUGAAGACCUGUCUUACGACGCGAGCGACCCCUAUCAUUAUCCGGUUAUUCGAGUCUUGUUGGUUCUAAACGAGCAGUUCAUGAUCUCAGCACACGACCCCGUAGAUGAGAAGACUUCGGCUCCAUUGACAAAUAAAGUCAUCAAAAUCCUCUCAAUGCAUGGUAAUCUCUAUAAGACAUUUGGUGAGAACAUCAUCCUUCUUAUAAAUCGAGAAGAUGAAACCUCCCUUCAGCUCCUCACUUUAAAGUUGUUGUACCUCAUAUUCACAACUCCCACGACCUUUGAGUACUUCUUCACGAAUGAUCUGCAUGUCCUAGUUGAUAUCUUAAUCCGCAAUCUCCUGGACUUGCCCGAAGAAGCAUCUGCGCUACGACAUACUUAUCUACGCGUUCUUUACCCACUUCUCGCUCAUACACAAUUGAAGAUGCCUCCGCAUUACAAGCGAGACGAACUGAAAAGAAUGCUUAGCAUCCUCGUCCGGGGUCGACUUUCCAGCAACGAGAUCGAUGACGAGAAGAUUAUGCAUUUCGACGACGUCGACGAAACGACGAGAAGACUUGUCAUUCGGUGUACCACAGUAGCCUGGCUGCGAGACGAAGAGUCAAAUGGUCAAGGUUCGAACGAGCCUGGAGGAGAGAACACCGCGCCUUUCCCUCCACUCUCAGAUGGACCCCAUCCUGAGGCUGAGAUGUGCACUUUUUUGGAGCAAAAGACCUCACAGCCCAUCUCCCCGACUAGCACAAUUGAGAGCUCUCCUGAGACUUUAUCUCCAACUAACCUCGACGGCUCAUCCAAGACAGAAUUACUGAACCAAGCUCAGCGCCUGGGAAUGCACUUGGAACCUGCAUCAUCAUCCUCCUUAAGUAUGCAAGAAGUGGCAGCACAACACGAGAAGCCAGGUGUCAAAACACCGAGCCGUAACAAUACGCAAACAGUGACCAUAAUAGCAACAGAUCGCCCGUCUAGUCCCAGCAAACCAAAGAUCAAACCUCUACCGCCAAAAGCAAGACGCUGGCGCGGCAGACGCACCGUUGGAGACGAAACCGAUAAGAUAGUUGAAGAGCCAGGGACGGAAACAGGUACAAGCGCAAGCCCAAGUCCCGUCACACCAUCAACACCAUCCAUUCCACACGACCCCGCCGACCGAAGAAACUCAGCAAGCACAACAGGCCUCGCUCCUCCUAUCCCGGCUCAUGGUCGUCGCUCGGCCUCAAACCCUCCACCAGCCGUCCCCCCGCCGAGACGAUCCACUCUCCCAGUAGUACAACCCCAUCAUCUCUCCAGCCAUUGCACCCCUGUCACAAGUCCAUCUCGACUCCAAAUCCAACAAACUAACACCACCCACAAGUAUGGCCAGAAACCGGAACCACCCAAAACCCGUCGCUCAGGCCGAGGCAGACAAUCACAAACGGACUCUCCAACCCCAAGUCAAGACGGACAAGAUGGUCAAAUCACGCUCCCUGAAGUCCCGAAUGAGAAACAUCCGGUCAGCGUUGAAGAGGCCGUACAGAACGUUUCUCUUAAUUAACCUGGAUCGGUUGAUCGGGCGACAUGCUUUAUAUAUAUUAAAUUGAAUGAUCCAUUGCAUAAGCAUAGACAUGGCGCUGCGUUCUUUGCAAAACUUUUUUGUCCUUCCCUUCGGUCUUUGGGUGUAUGGUGUGCAUGCAUACUCAUUACUUGGUUGCAUUGGUACCAGAUAGUAAUACCCUAGCGCUAGAUAUUAGAUUUUGUUAUUCUGUUCACACAUAUGUAGACUGAUAGCAUAAGGCAAAGGUAUUUUCAAUGGGAUUCAGAGCUUUGCUCA